UCAAGUUAAAUUGUGGCCGCUUCGGACAUCUAUCCAAAUUUUGCCCCUCUGGUGCGGCACCACCACGGCCCCCGGUUGGACCGGCGGCGUCCCAGCCACCUGUAAGAUGCCUGAGGUGUAAUGGCAUUAAUCAUUAUGCAAAAGAUUGUACUGCGCCGAUGCCUGCACACUUAAGUGGUGCUGUUGGCGCCAGGACAUGCUAUAAAUGUCAAAAAGAGGGCCAUCUUGCCCGAGACUGUCCGCAGGCCGAUGUCUCGUCCGCCAAAAUCUGCUACCACUGCCGGGAAGGGGGUCAUAUUGCCGCUUUCUGUCCAAAUAUGUCUGCCAAUGGUAUUGGGAAUGGGGAGGCAUUCCCAUCAAAUCGAACGAAGACUUGCUACCACUGCCAAAUGGAAGGACAUGUUUGUAUUCAUCAGGCCCUGACAGCAUCGGCCGUCUUAAUAACUAUGCGCGCAGAUUGCCCGUGACUGCCCCGAAGCAGGGAAUUCUACCGAUGCGGACAGAUGUGGCCCAGAAUUUUCCUCCUGAUAAUGUGGCCCCCCUCAGAUCGCCAGGGAUUGUCCGGACGCUGGUGAGAGCGGCUUUGGCCCACGAAGUAAAACCUGUUACCAUUGUCACCAAGAAGGACACGUACGUUAUUGGUAUUCCUCAGCAUUUGAGCAGCAAUAAUUUGACACGCACGCUCGUAUGACACCUCUUUUGCUAGAUUGCUCGCGAAUGUCCGGAGGCAUCCUAAGUUGGUAGUUUGCAACUAACGUCUAUAGAAAAAGACGCGAUUCGGUACAUGAUUAGCACGCAAUCCAUUGGAGAUGAAAGUUCGCCUCGCGCAAGUUGUGACCCCCUUCUUGUAUUCGUAUCCUGAUCCCUCUU